GGGAACCUAAGCUGGGCAUCUGCAUGCCUAGCUCAUAUCUACCGCUCCCUCUGUAAUGCAACUUCGAAAGCGAUAAAGGAAAUUGAUGGGGCAAUGUUCAUCGUACACAUUUGGGCUUGGGAGCAUCUGCCAUGGAUUGCUCCGGUCUCAGACCCCGACAAGGAAUGGGUCGGUGACCACCCCUAUAGACUCCAAGCUUAUGGUUGUAGGUGGCUUGGACAAACAACAUGCGACAACCUAGGGGAGCAUAAGCUGGAAGAGUAUCGGAGGAGGCUGGAUCAUCUUUGGGAAGCAAAGAUCACAUUCGAUCCGCACCUUCAUGGCAAAGUUCGCGGAUCUUUUGCAACUUCUCCCUGAAUUUCUUCUCUUAGUAGGGUACAACUGAUGCAUAUACAGAAGAAAGGGUAAGGUGAGGGGACCAAUUGACUUUGGCUCGUAUAUG